ACCAAUUCACCACUCGUUGUUCCUAUUCCUUUUUCGCGCACACGUUCAAGAUGGCGGAAACUAGUGCGCAGCUGAAAAGAAAGAGGGAAAGCGCGGCCGGGCUGCAGAAGAAGGCGAAGAAGCAGAGGAAGAGCGAUGCAACUGCGGCAGGUGCGGAGGAAGAUGUGGUUGCUGCAGAGGUAGCUGAGCCGACACAAGGACCGAAGGCGAUUCCACAGACACAGGACAAGACGAAGAAAGCAUCGCGGAAAGCGCAGGCGAACGGUGCGCCCGACCAGGACGCGGCAGUCCCAUCGAGUACGAAACCGAUCAAGGACGCAGAGGCUCAGCAGAAUGGAGGCCCUGACAAAAGCAAUUCUUCGAAACAGAGCAAGAAGCAGCGGAAGCAGGACCAGAAAGACAGCAAGAAUGAGCAGCUGAAUGGUGAUGGGCCGGUAGAAGGUUUGGGCGCACAGGCGAUGCCAACACCAACGAAAUCGCCCAUACAGGAUCCCGCUGCGCCUGCGAAGAAGUCUUUCAAGGAGAGAGUGGCAGAGAGCAAAGAAGCCGCCAAAGCGGAGGUGGCAGAGGUGCAAAGCUCAGCGCCCGCGAAGAAGCACAAGCAGAAGGCUCCCGGGAAAUGGGCCGUCUCCCAAGUACAAGGAGGAUGGUUUCUGCCUACCGACCCCGUCUUCUCCCAGGACGAAAAGUGCCUGCUCCUCGCGAAUCCCAAAGGCGUUCAGAAUUCACGGCAUAUGCGCUAUCUUCAACCCAAUCCCUCGCACGUCUACGUCGCCGACUCGAACUGCCUUAUCUCACUAUGGGACUGGGUUGCAGGAACGAAGAUUGCUAGGUGGGAUAUUGGAGCUACCGUUCGCAACAUGGUGGUCAUCACGCAGCCCGGUACCGAUGAGGAUCUCGUAUACUGCCACGAAACAGGCGACAAGCAUGUUGUCAACGUGCACGCUCUCCGCACCAAAUCACAGGCCUCAAAAACAGAACUGAAACACCAUCCAGGUUCUCCUCCAGGGCACAAUAUAGUCAUCAUCUCCACAGCCGACUCGAUCACUGUUGGCAAGCGGCUGAAGGUCAGCAAGACAGCUGUGCAAGAGUUCGAAUAUGUCUGGCGCGAGCUCAAGUUCUCAAAGCGCGUCACCACAUGCGACACAUACUUCCGCCAGCGAGAGGUUCCAGAGAAUGGCAAGAAGUCGGCGCAAGAUCAGCGUGACGUUCUCGAUCUAGCAGUGGGUGAUGAGAUUGGUGUCAUACUUCUCUUCGAGGAUAUACUGGCAAGUUUUGCUGCGCUGGAGAGUGUUCAAAAGGGCAACCAGAGUAGAACAGAUAGUGUGGAGAGUCUGAGACCAAAGAAACUGCAUUGGCACAGAAAUGCGGUGGGCUCAGUGAAGUGGUCCCUUGAUGGCAACUACCUCAUCUCUGGUGGCGACGAGACUGUCUUGACCAUCUGGCAAUUGGCCACUGGCAAACCCCAACAUCUCCCACAUUUGACCGCAGCGAUAGAGAGCGUCGUCGUUUCCCCCACCGGUUCCUCAUACGCCCUCUCACUCGCAAACAACUCUGUGAUUGUGAUAUCGACAACCGAGCUCGAAGCUAAAACAAACAUAGUUGGAGUGCAGACACGGCGGGUGGAUCCGGAGCAGCUGCCCAAGGAGACGAAAUCUGGGAAGCCUGCAUUGUACGCUCUGCAGUCAGUACCGAUUGCCGUGGAUCCCAAACACACACAACAGGUCCUGUUCACUGUACCUGCAUCACAACCACGACAAAACAUCAGUGGUGUUCUCCCCGAGCCAUACCUGCAGACCUUUGACAUUGCAAACCAACGCCCUGUUGAUCGACAAGCUCUGACACGCAACAAUGCAACAGACCCCAACAUGGGCCCGGACGGUGAGCGUAUCAAAGAACCCAAUGUAAGACACAUCCAGGUGAGCUACGAUGGACAAUGGCUGGCAACAGUAGACGAGUGGUUACCACCUCGGGCGGACACUGCGUUCCUCCACGAAGGCAACUCCGAAUUCACCGAAGAACAACGCCUGCUGCGUCGCGAGGUGUACCUCAAAAUCUGGCGGCGAGACGAGAAAAAUGGACAGUGGACACUGGAGACUAGGAUUGACGCACCACAUUUCCUUGAGGAUGUCUGUGGCAACGGCAGGGUGCUUGACCUAGUCGCACACCCCAAGGAACACAUCUUCGCAACUAUCGGUGAAGACCACAUUAUCCGAACUUGGAAGCCUAAGACAAGGUUGCGCGAUGGUAUUGUUGUGCGAGGCGCUGACAACAAGGGGCUGGUCAACUGGUCGCUGCACCGAUCUAUUACACUUCCCGAUCCCGACAAGGUCUGGCUGGCCGAGGCGACACUCGAGGCUGAGUAUAAUCGCACUUCCCGUCUGGCCUUCUCACCGGAUGGCUCAGUGCUCGCCGCUGGCGUGUCUGGUGCAUCCGAGUCUGACCGUGGACUAAUCCACCUCGUCGACACCGACAAUGCCGCGAUCCGCCGCUCAAUGACCGAGAUCGACGCGACGGUACUUUGCGGCUUGGGCAUUGUUGGCCGAUGCCUCGUCGUUGUUACCGACUGCAUCACUGUAUGGGAUCUGGUCAACGAUGACAUGGUAUACUGUGCAUCGAUCAACACCACCGGAGUCGACUCUGUCGAGCGCACAUCCGUCGUUCGCUUGGCGACCAACGAGGUCGAUGGAACCUUCGCUCUCUCUCUGCCUCACUUUGAAAAGAACGACAAUCCCUCUUUUAGGUUCAAGAAGGCUUCAUCGAAAGUGUUCGUCUACGACACGGAGCACAAAGACCCAUUAUGGUCGCAUACAGUACCAGGCAUCACACUCGGCCUGACAGCAAGGAAGGGCCAGGGCGAGAGGGGAUACAUUGCACUCGACUCAAGGUCAUGCAUUCGCACCAUAAGCCCGGCAGCUGGAUCAUUGGCCUUGCCUCUGCACCAGAAGUCGGAAGAACCCGAGGUCCAAAGCAUGGAGAUUGAUGCCGUAGAGGACGUUGAGGAGGCGGAAGAAGGAGUCGCAAGCAAAGCGCUUGCCGAUCUUGUGCUCGAGAAUGAGUAUGACAAGCCAGUUGUCACGCAGCAGGACCUGGAGGAGAUUUUCCAUAAUGAUGGCGCGCCUCAAGCACCGAAGGAUGUGUUUAGUGCGGUGUUGCGUCUUUUUGGGGGCGUUGCUACUGCGGCGGCUUAG